CAGUCGGGAUGGCGGCGAGGGCUGAGGGGCUGCGGCUCCUCUUCCUCUGGGCCUCUCUCGGUGCCGGGAUCCUGGGCCAGGGCACCGUCCACACCAACACUCCUUUCCUCCGGGAGGAAGAGCACAAACAGGUCACGCUAUCAUGCAUUUAUUCCGGGUUCCAAAACCCCAAUGUGGUCUGGAAGUUUGGGCAGGGCGGCAACUCGGUGCUGGUGUGUUACAACAACAAGAUCACCGCCCCCUACGAGCAGCGGGUGACCUUCUCUGCGGCGGGGAUCACGUUCAAGUCGGUGACACGCAAGGACAACGGGACAUACGUGUGCAUGGUCAGUGACCCGACCGGAGCCAGCUACGCCGAAGCCACCAUCUACCUCACCGUGCUGGUGCCCCCAGCGAAGCCCAGGAUCAGCGUCCCUUCGUCGGCCACCAUCGGCCGCAGGGUAGUGCUGACCUGCUCGGAGGACGAGGGGUCCCCGCCCUCCGAAUACCAGUGGCUGCGGGACGGCCUCCCCGUGCCCCCCGACCCCAAGAGCAGCCGCAUCUUCAGCAACUCCUCCUACACCAUGAACCUCAACACCGGGGAGCUGAUCUUCGACCCGUUAUCGGCGUCGGACUCGGGCGAAUACAGCUGCCGGGCCCAGAACGGCGUGGGGCUGCCCCAGCAGUCCAACCCCAUGCGCAUGGAGGCCACGGAGCUGAACGUGGGCGGCAUCGUGGCGGCCGUGAUCGUGUCCCUGAUCCUGCUCGGCCUGCUCGCUUUCGGAGUUUGGUUCGCCUACAGCCGCGGCUACUUCAACAGGACAAAGAAGGAGAGCUCGGGCAAGAAGGUGAUUUAUAGCCAACCGUCUGCCCGCAGUGAUGGCGAGUUCAAACAGACAUCAUCUUUCCUGGUGUGACCCCGGCCCCUGUGAUCGCACCCCCACCC